AUGGAAGUCAUAAACAAGACCCAAGUGAAUGUCUUUGUGUUUUCUGGACUAACUGACAAUAGUAAACUUGCAACAUUCCUCUUCAUACUCUUCUUACACAUUUAUAUGGUGACCAUACUGGCAAAUAUUGGCAUGAUGGCAAUUAUCUACAGCAGCACAACCCUCCAUACUCCGAUGUACUUCUUCCUUAGCUUCCUCUCUCUGUUAGACAUUUUCUACUCCACAGGUAUCACUCCUAAAAUGAUGCAUGACCUCAUUUCUGUAAGUAAGACCAUCUCAUUCAGUGGCUGUGCCAUACAGUUUUACUUCCUUGCUGCCUUAGCAUGUAGUGAGGGUCUUCUACUUUCCAACAUGGCAUAUGACCGAUAUGCUGCUAUCUGCCACCCGCUCCACUAUGUGUCAAUAAUGACUAAGAACAAAUGUAUAUGUCUUGUUUCCCUUGUCACCUCCAUUGGCUUCUUGCAGUCAACAAUGCAGACCAGCUGUGUGUUCAGUCUCCAGUUCUGCAGGUCCAACCUUAUAAACCAUUUUUAUUGUCACUCUCCUUCAUUGCUCAGACUGUCCUGCUCUGACACCGUCUCCUGUGACAUGAUAACAUUUUACUUGGUAGGUUCUUCUGGCGUCUGUUGUUUGAUGAUUAUACUGGUCUCAUACACUCUCAUUAUUAGUUCAAUUUUAAGGAUUAAAUCUACUGAAGGAAGGCAGAAAGCAUUCAGCACCUGCUCCUCACAUCUCACGUGCAUAUGUAUCUUCUUUGGAGCAGUUAUGUUUACCUACCUACGCUCUGCUUCCACUGAUUUUGAAAAACUAGACAAAACAGCUGCCAUCUUCUAUUCAGUGGUAACACCAAUGCUGAACCCUCUGAUAUACAGCUUGAGGAACCAAGAGGUGAAACGGAACAUUAUGAGAACAAUGCACAAUCUUACUGCUGUAGAUAAUUCUUUGUAA